UGUCAAAACGUCACCUCAGCUCGGAGGAACACAUUUGGCCAAAGAAGCGGGAGGGAAAUAGUUCUUUUUUAAAAAGCGGGGAGCGUGAAACGGGUUAAAAAGCAGCGUGAGUGGGUGUUAGUGAUGUGAGCAGCACCCAGAAGUGAACAGCAGGCGACCCGGAAGGUUUGAGGAGCACAGCGAGAGAGGGAGAGAGAGGAGAGAGGAGGAACAUCUUCAGGAGACACCGAGCUGCUGCUUCAGAAUGGCUGAGCCUCGCUUCAACAAUCCCUAUUUUUGGCCUCCACCGCCUGCGAUGCCCAGCCAGCUGGAUAACCUAGUCUUGAUCAAUAAAAUCAAGGAGCAGCUGAUGGCGGAGAAGAUCCGAACGCCCCAUCUCCCGCCUGCGACAAUGUCUUCCCAGCAGCCCUUGCUCUCUCCGCCCAGUCAGAGCGAGGGUGUCCAGCAUGGGAUGUCCAAACUCCAUCAGGCGCAGACCCUCCACAACCACAGCCCGUCUCAGCCCGACGUCGCGCUUCACGCCCGACCAGCGUCCACCUCGGUUUCAGGCCGUGUUCUGGGCGACGUGAAUUUGAACCUGACCGAUAAGUCUGCCAUCAAGGCCCGAGGGCUGUGGGAGGACUGGCACCUGCGGCAACUUAUAGAUCACCCAGUCAGGACCAAUCAUGUUUCAGGUGUUGCGUUGGCAUCCAGAACUGGUAACCUCAGCAGCUCAGAGGCCUCGACCCCGACCACACCCACCUCCAGCAGCCACAGCAGACCCGGGGAAGCUCCUGGCCUCCACUACGUCUCGGGUGGGAGCAGCGCUCACGGACUGGAGUCUGUGAAGAGCCACAGCAGCCUGAUGGGUCUUCUCGGGCCGUCAGUGAAAGAAGGUCAAGGUCACAAGCGUAUCAAAGCUGAGAACGGCUCUUCACUGCUGAUGGUCCCGUACCCAAUCCUGGCCUCGGGCUCAGACCAUUCCUGCAUCACCAUCACGGCCAAACAGGGGAAAACAUACAGGUGUAAGAUGUGUCCCCUGACCUACUUCUCCAAGUCCGACAUGCAGAUCCACUCCAAGACCCACACAGAGACCAAGGCCCACCGCUGCCCUCACUGCACCAAGACCUUCGCCAACGCCGCCUACCUGGCUCAGCACCUGCGCAUCCACCUGGGAGUGAAACCGUACCGCUGCUCCUACUGCGAGAAGUGUUUCCGCCAGCUCUCUCACCUGCAGCAGCACACCAGGUUGCUCACGGUCUUCCUGGCUCAUGUUUUUCCAGUGUGGAGAUUCACUGUUGUCCGUUGCAGAAUCCACACCGGCGACCGGCCGUACAUCUGCCUGCAUCCGGCCUGUGGAAAAGCUUUCACUCAGCUCUCUAACCUGCAGUCUCACCAGCGGCAGCACAACAAAGACAAACCCUUCAAGUGCUCCAACUGUUUCCGUGCCUACUCGGACUCGGCCUCCCUGCAGUUCCACCUCUCAGCACACGCCAUCAAGAACGCCAAAGCGUACUGCUGCAGCAUGUGCGGCCGCGCCUACACCUCUGAGACCUACCUGAUGAAGCACAUGUCCAAGCACACGCUCCUGGACCACGUCCACCACUCCCCCCUGCACAGAACCGAGUCUGCCAGUCUCCCCAUCCGCAUCUCUCUCAUCUAGGAGCCCCCUUGCUUCGUCGAUCGAACCCUGUCGAUGGACUUCGGGCCCAAAACAGGUUUUCAAAUGUGCCGGUGUUAAACAUGGAGGUGGCGUGUGACGCCUCUCUGCUCUCGUUGCUGACCAGAUUUGAGUAUCUGGGACAUCCAAAGAUGAUUCCUCAGCACUUUCAGGCCUGGAAAUACGGAGCCUUUAAACAUGUGUGAGACACAAAAGGAAGUAUUGUUCCAGGCAGCUAAGUGGAAACUAGUGUUUUAGCUUUUUUUUUUUUUUUUUUUAAUACCGUCAAUAACCUUUCUUAACAAUGUUUGCACCAUCAUUUUGGUAUUGUGUGAAGAUAAAGCUGAAAUUCUAUAUGAAAUGUGUUCAUCAUGUGGCACUUUAAAAUAUGAUUAUUGUUGUAUGUCAUAUUGGAAUGAGAGGUGUGAUCACUUAGCAUUAGCUACUCCUAAACAAAAACAAUCAACACCUUAAAAACAAGAAACAUACUUCAUUUUACUGUUGCAAGUCAAGCUGACUUGUCAAAAAUGCAAAAGGAAGAGGAAAUGAAGGAUAUAGAACAACGGAAGCACCGAUUAUUAUGAGGUUAGAAGGUCCCUGAAUGUGGCACGCCUUCAUGAUGUUCAGUAAAAUACUGUCUUUUGGAUCAAACCUUCCUUUCUGAGGGAGAAAUUGCAUUUAUUCCACAUUUCGUUGAUACAGUAGAAUGUUGCACCUUCUCCAUUUUUACUGCCAAAAUAUCUAAACCCUGAGAAUCGUUCGAUCCAGGAAAUCAAAAUUAUUUUUAUCAACGGUAUUUUCUAUGAAUUUGGGCCUUAAAUCUGUGUUAACCCCAUUCUGCUAUUAUCUGCCUUUUUAUGUCAUUGCAUAUAUGUUAAGAUUAUUUUAACUGUUUUUUUUUUUUAUAAAAAUAAAUACAAAAAAAUCUUUAUUAAA